UUGAUAAUCAAAUGCUACAGUUCAUUAAUUCAACCAAUGGCGCUACAUUUACUACUCAAAUUACUGGUCUUGAUGCUAUGUCUUGUUAUAUUUUUGGUGUACGUGCAUACACAGACAGAGGACCUGGUGGAUGGGUCUUUAUUGCUAAUGAGACAUUGAUCAGUACUCAAUUUGUGACACUAACUACAUGUACUCAAGAAGUAGGAUCAACUAAUACAGUAUCAGGAGCUGUUGAUGGUGCUAGUAUUGGACUGGGUGCAGUGGUUGGAUUAUUAUUAAUAUCACUAGCUGUUAGUAUCAUUAUUCACAUCUACUGCUUUAUCAAGCUUAAAACCUAUGAUGCAAUUACUGCUAAGCAAACAAAGUUUGAUGAUGAUAUACCAAUGCAAGCCUGUGAACCAUAUGGUAUUCACAAGACUGAAGAUGUUGCAAAAGAGGCCGCAGUAUAUGAGUGUCCUGAUGUCAAUGUUAAUGAAACUGCUAUUUAUGAGGAAACAUAACUUAUGAAACAGUAAAAACUAACAGUGGAAUUUAAUAUAGAUGUACACUGUGUGAUACAACAGUAUACUGCUCAUGUGCUUGUUUGUUCAUCUUGUAGCUGGAAAGUCUGACAUAAAUAUAUACAAAUACAUACAUACUUUUCUAAAUAUAGAUUUCAGUUCUGGAGUGUGACUGUAUUCAUACUGCUCAUGGCUAGUCUAUUAUAUUGUAUAUUACAAUUUGUAAUCACAUUAGUGUUAUUGUAACUACUUUCAGUGUCCAGUUAGUCAAAUUUUUGCAGUGUUUGUUAUUUAUUUUAUUGAUGCUAUCUAAUCAAUGAACUUUAUAUAGUA